GCGGCGCGCACGUACUGUAGCGUGCCAGGCUUCAGUGGGCGGAUCCACGCAGGCGCCCGCGGCGCGAGGGAGAGGCGAGCGGUCGGCGCAGUUUCGGGAAUUGAAUAUAAUUUACAAAUAAUAUGUCUCCUGAAGUUGCCUUAAACAGAAUUUCUCCAUCACUUUCUCCUUUGAUCUCCAAUGUAGUCAGAAAUGGAAAAGUGGGAUUGGAUGCAACUAACUGUUUAAGGAUUACUGAUCUGAAAUCUGGCUGCACAUCAUUAACCCUUGGACCAAGCUGUGAUCGAUUUAAGUUGCAUAUUCCAUAUGCUGGAGAAACAUUAAAAUGGGAUAUAAUUUUUAAUGCUCACUAUCCUGAGUUGCCACCUGACUUUAUCUUUGGAGAGGAUGCUGAAUUUUUACCUGAUCCUUCUUCCUUACAUAAUUUGGCCUGCUGGAAUCCUUCAAAUCCUGAAUGCCUCCUGCUUGUUGUAAAGGAACUUGUACAACAGUAUCACCAGUUUCAAUGCAGCAGAUUACGUGAGAGCUCUCGGCUCAUGUUUGAAUAUCAAACAUUACUUGAAGAACCUCAGUAUGGAGAGAAUAUGGAAAUUUAUGCUGGCAAAAAGAACAACUGGACUGGUGAAUUUUCAGCUCGUUUCCUUCUGAAAUUACCAGUGGACUUCAGCAACAUCCCUACCUACCUUCUCAAGGAUGCAAAUGAAGAUCCUGGAGAAGAUGUUGCUCUACUUUCAGUCAGUUUUGAGGAUACAGAAGCUACUCAGGUUUUUCCCAAAUUGUAUCUCUCUCCUCGAAUUGAACAGUGAGUGCUAUAUCACAUAUAUAGUAAUCUUGGUUUCACAAUA